AUGGUUGUGUUAUAUGGGAGAAAUGUCAAAUCAGUGGAUAUUCGUAAUCUCUUGGAUUUUGUAAAGAGAAGAUCGAUAUUUUCUGAUGACGAAAUACUGGGAGUUCCAAGAUACCCUGAACAUUUACCCAGGGCUGAAAAAAUCCUACCAGGCCACACGUUGCUCAAGCCAGCGUUUGGCAUGCUCAAGUCUGCUGUCAAAUUCCCUCAUAGAGAUAUCAGUCAAAGCGUGUACGGGAAUAUAGAAAAUAUUGGAAUAUCUUACGGGAAAAAUAAUGAACGAGUGAGAUACACAGACUUUAGAAAAAACAACAACCUUGCGGCAACGAUAAUUGGAGCUAUUGAAAACAUACAAAUAAAGAACAACGCGUGA